AUAUUGCAUAGUUUCCCAACACAGGAAUAUAUUCUCUCUUUUACACUAUAGUUUGGAGACCAAAAUAAAAUCAUCAUUUCUCCCUUCAAUAACACCCUCUCUUGGCUAGCUCCAACGCUAUAGUUUGGAGACUAGCCAAAAAAAAAAAAAACUAUCCUUUCUCCCUUCAGCAAUUUGCUUCAAAGACGAACAUCAUCACUAUCAUCACUAUUAUCACCACGAAUAAAAAUUCAUUCAUUAUGACGAACAAACGAGAAAGUUCAUCAAAAUUUUCGAUACAAUCCCCGAGACGUCCUGACCCUAACGGUGACAAGCUCGAUUCAACGAGGCCUAGUAAUUUACUAGCCAAGAAAAAUAAUGUCACGGUCAAGCACGAUCAAGAAAAAUUCAACGAUACGCGAACUAACAUCAUGGUGCACGUGGGGCAUGCCAGCACGCAUACCGAGGGCGGGUCGAUGAGGGCGGAAGAUAAUGGACGUGAGAGAUUGAAGAGACAUAGAAUUGAAGUGGCAGGACAUGUAUGGAUACCAGAAAUUUGGGGACAAGAGGAAUUACUCAAUGAUUGGAUUGAUUGUAGUGCAUUUGAUUCAAAAUUGAUGAAUAAUAAUAAUAUAAUGUCAGCUAAAGCUGCUUUGGUUGAAGAAAGAAGAAGAAGAAAUUCAUCUUGCAGAUUGAGAAUUGAAAAUAGCUAUUGAAAUUAUGCUCCAAAAAAAGAUGAGUUUUUUUUAAAAAUAAAUAAAUUCUGAUUUCUCUUUUUUUUUU